AAUUGGUUCAUCCCAAUCCAUUUGCACUGGUAUAUAAGACUUCCAGCAACAGUGGAGAAAUUCAUCUCUCCUUUUUCAGGCAAGGGUGUCGCAUCGGAGAACUGCCAUGGGGUGGAAAAUACUUCCCAUCUGCUUGUCGCUGCUGCUCCCUGCCUUCUUGAUUCAACAAGUUUCAUCUCAAGACUUGCCAAGCUGUGCAGGGAGAUGUGGGGAAGGGUAUUCUAGAGAUGCCACCUGCAACUGUGAUUUUAACUGCCAACACUACAUGGAGUGCUGCCCUGAUUUCAAGAGAGUCUGCACUACAGAGCUCUCCUGCAAAGGCCGCUGCUUCGAGUCCUUCCAGCGAGGGAGGGAGUGCGACUGUGACUCCCAAUGUAAAGAGUUUGGCAAGUGCUGUGACGAUUACGCGAGUUUCUGUGAAGAAGUGCAUAAUCCCACAUCACCACCUCCCAAGACUGCACCUCCGCCUCCAGGAGCAUCUCCCAUCAUCAAAUCAACCACCAAACGCUCACCCAAAUCACCAAAAAAGAAGACUAAGAAAGUUGUAGAAUCAGAGGAAAUAACGGAAGAACAUUCUGUUUCUGAAAAUCAAGAGUCCUCCUCCUCCUCCUCUUCUUCCUCUUCAACUAUUCGGAAAAUCAAGUCUUCCAAAAAUUCAGCUAAUAGAGAAUUACAGAAGAACCCAAAAGUGAAAGAUAACAAGAAACCCCCUCCUAAAAAGGAACCUAAUCCAGAAGCACCAGCCGUAGAUGAAGCUGGAAGUGGACAGGAUAACGGUGAACCCAAGCUCACCCCAGCUCCUGACAAUCCUACUACUCCGUCUCCCAAGACUACAGCAGCAAAACCUGCAAGUGCCAAGCCCAGUCUUGCUCCUACUUCUGAGACAUCCAAAGAGGCAUCUUCAACUUCCAACAAAGAGACAGUAGUGGAAACGAAGGAGAGUACUGCAACAAAUACACAGACUUCCUCCAGUAAAAAAGAGAAAACUACUUCAGCGAAAGAAAUACGGAGUGCAGAGAAUAAAGAUGCUGCACCCACAUCUCCUACACCUACCACCUCCAAGAACUCAGCUCCCACAACCACCAAGAAGCCAGUACCCACUACUACAAAGGAACCAGCUCCCACUACCACCAAGAUGCCUGUAACUACAACCAAGGAACCUACUUCUACCACUCCCCAAAAGCCUGAACCCACCCCCAAGGAACCAGCUCCCACGAGCCCCAAGGAGCCAGCUCCCACAACCCCUAAGGAGCCUGAGCUCACCACCCCCAAGGAACCAGCUCCCACGACCCCUAAGGAGCCUGAGCCCACCACCCCCAAGGAACUAGCUCCCACGACCCCUAAGGAGCCUGAGCCCACCACCCCCAAGGAACCAGCUCCCACGACCCCUAAGGAGCCUGAGCCCACAACCCCCAAAGAACCAGCUCCCACAACCCCCAAGGAGCCUGAACCCACGACCCCUAAGGAGCCUGAGCCCACAACCCCCAAGGAACCAGCUCCCACCACUCCCAAGGAACCAGCUCCCACGACCCCUAAGGAGCCUGAACCCACGACCCCUAAGGAUCCUGAGCCCACAACCCCCAAGGAACCAGCUCCCACGACCCCCAAGGAGCCAGCUCCCACGACCCCUAAGGAGCCUGAACCCACGACCCCCAAGGAACCAGCUCCCACCACCCCCAAAGAAUCAGCUCCCACCACCCCAAAGGAAUCAGCACCUACAACCCCUAAGGAGCCUGAACCCACCACCCCCAAGGAACCAACACCCACAACCCCUAAGGAGCCUGAACCCACAGUCCCCAAGGAACCAGCACCCACAACCCCUAAAGAGCCUAAACCCACAGCCCCCAAGGAACCAGCACCCACGACCCCUAAAGAGUCUGAACCCAUAGCCCCCAAGGAACCAGCUCCCACAGUCCCUAAGGAGCCUGAACCCACAACCCCCAAGAAACCAGCUCCCACGACCCCUAAGGAGCCUGAACCUACCACCCCCAAGGAACCAGCUCCCAUGGCCCCUAAAGAACCUGCACCCACAACUCUCAAGACUCCUGCUGAAGUAACUCCUGAGUUUCCUGAAGCAUCCACACCAAAGGCUCUUGAAGACAGUCCCAAGGAACCCAGUGUGCCACCAACUAAGACUCCUGAGGUAAGCAAACCUGAAAUGACUACAGCAGCUAAAGAGAAGGCAACAGAAAAAGACCCAGCCAAAACUACAACUGUUGCCCCUAAGAAGACAACAAGUAAACCAGAAGAGACUACUGAGUCAGAAGCAAGUCCCACCACACAAGUAAAACCUACAACUCAAGAUACCACAUCACCCCAAAUUACGACUCUGAAAACAACAACUCUCGCACCCAAAGUAACUGCUCCAGCUGAAGAGACUCCAGACAAAUCUGAAGAAACAACCCCUGCAUCAGAAGAUCCUGAUGCCCCUACAACAACUCCAAAACCCCAGAAACCAACCAAAGCACCCAAGAAGCCCGCCUCUACCAAAAAGCCAAGCAAAGCACCUAAGAAGCCUGCCUCUACCAAAAAGCCAAAGACAAAAAAAGAGAAAAAACCAAAAACGACACCAUCUCCUCUGAAGACGACUCCGGCAGUGCCUGAAUUGAAUACCACUCCUUUAGACAUCGUAGAGCUGCCAACCACUGCCAGCCCUAAGCAAACUCCAGCCCCAGAAACAGCUGAAGUAGACCCAGACCAUGAAGAUGCGGACGAAGGUGAAGAAGGAAAACCUCUCAUGAUCCCCAGGCCUCCUGUGCUCUCCCCCAUCGUGAUUCCAGGCACUGAUCACUUGGCCGGCGUACUCAACCAUGGCAUUAGCACCAAUCCCAUGCUCUCAGAUGAGACCAAUUUGUGCAACGGUAAGCCAGUGGACGGACUGACGACUCUGCGCAAUGGGACAUUAGUCGCAUUUCGAGGUCAUUAUUUCUGGAUGCUAAAUCCAUUCAGACCACCAUCCCCACCACGCCUGAUUACAGAAGUCUGGGGUAUUCCUUCCCCUAUUGACACUGUUUUCACUAGAUGCAACUGUGAAGGGAAAACUUUCUUCUUUAAGGAUUCUCAGUACUGGCGCUUCACUAAUGAUGUACAAGAUGCCGGGUAUCCUAAACAAAUCGUCAAAGGCUUUGGAGGACUAACAGGGAAGAUAGUGGCAGCUCUUUCAAUUGCCAAGCACAAUGACAGGCCUGAAUCCGUGUACUUUUUCAAGAGAGGUGGCAAUGUUCAGCAGUACACCUAUAAACAUGAGCCCGCGAGGAAGUGCACUGGACGGAGGCCUGCUAUCAACUACUCAGUGUACGGGCAGGCAGCGCAGGUCAGGAGGCGCCGCUUCGAGCGUGCUGUUGGACCUUUCCAGACACACACCGUCAGAGUCCAUUACUCACUGCCCAUGAGAGUCGUUUAUCAAGACAAGGGUUUCCUCCAUAAGGAAGUCAAAGUGAGCACGAUGUGGAGAGGGUUUCCAAACGUUGUUACCUCAGCAAUAACACUGCCUAACAUUAGAAAACCCGACGGCUAUGAUUACUAUACCUUUUCUAAAGAUCAAUACUAUAACAUUGAUGUGCCAACUAGAACAGCAAGAGCAAUUACUACUCGUUCUGGGCAGACUCUCUCCAAAGUCUGGUACAACUGUCCUUAGAUUGGUGGGCAAAGAAGAGUCACCAAAAUGAAAUGAAGAAAACAACGAUCAAUUCUGACAUUGAAAUACAUUUUAUUAAUAAAGAAUGUUGAAAUGAGCAUACCUAUUUAUACAAAACACUUCUCAACUUGACAAUCAUUAUAUUAAAACAGAUUUGCCAAUCUUA